AGUGAGUGAGUGGAGUCUGUCAUGAAAAAAACAUGGCGACAACACAACUGAAAGACAAGAUUUGAAGAUCUGAAUACACAAACAAUGGAAAUCCGCUUCAUUUUCAAUUAAAACCCCCACUGUUUCAAUUAGAUUUCAUCUCUCUCUACAUUUUGUUUUCAUUGAUUUUAUAUAAGAAUAGCAUUAGUAGUUAUCAAUCACACCUUCAUCCCCUUUUUGGCGUCUACUACAAAAUAUACAUCUUAUACGUAAUUACACGAUUUAAUAUUCUUUAUUUCAUUGACUUGUACUUACUAUUCUAUAUCUAUAUAUUAUAUAUACAAAAUACAUGAUAUGAGAUGAUUGGUGUUGGAAGUCGAUCAUUUUGGGUGCUAAACAAACCGAAAUCCACCACCACCCGUCCAAAUUUGACAUCUUCUUCAACCAGCAGCUUUGUUGCAAUCAAAUCGAAACAAGUUUCACGAAUGUCACGUAUCGAAAAGGAACCGGGUUUUGUAAAUACUACUGCUCAUUCAGAUGAUUCAUCUGAUAAUAAUGGUUUGAUUCGACAAACUAGGAAUAUAGUUUGGCAUAAAUGUUCUGUUGAGAAAAGUGACAGACAGGAAUUGCUUCAUCAAAAAGGUUGUGUUAUUUGGAUUACCGGUCUCAGUGGUUCAGGAAAGAGCACAUUAGCUUGUGCAUUAACACGAGCUUUGCAUUCUCGAGGGAAGCUGACAUACGUCCUUGAUGGUGAUAAUGUCAGGCAUGGUCUUAAUAGUGAUCUAACUUUUAAAGCAGAAGAUCGUGCUGAGAAUAUACGAAGGAUUGGAGAAGUUGCAAAGCUGUUUGCUGAUGCUGGAAUUAUCUGCAUUGCUAGUGUGAUAUCACCUUACAGAAAAGAUCGUGAUACAUGUCGAUCCAAACUUCCAGAUGGAGCUUUCAUCGAGGUUUUCAUGGAUAUGCCAUUAAGGGUUUGUGAGGCCAGGGAUCCAAAGGGUUUAUACAAGCUUGCACGUGCCGGAAAGAUUAAAGGUUUUACUGGGGUUGAUGACCCGUAUGAGGCGCCAUUAAAUUCUGAGAUAGUGAUACAACAGGAAGGAGAUGUUUGUCCUCCACCUGAGGUUAUGGCCGAGAAAGUGAUCUCUUACCUGGAUGAAAAAGGUUAUCUGCAGGCAUAAUCUUUGAAGCACGUACCGUGAUGUGUAUAUGUAAACACAAAAUUUCUAAAUAAAUUGUCAUUUCUCCAGGAAAUUACUCGUUUCCUGGUUCUUUUUCGUUGAUAGUCUCUCAGUUAACCAAUCGGUUAAUUGAAGUCAAAUAUGCAAUGUAUGUUCAAUUGAAUUAGUCAGUGUGGGUUAUUAUUAUGUGUCAUUCAUUAUUCUGUAUGAGCAAAUGAAAAUUUUAAUGUUAUAAAAGAUGGAUCAUAUUUGAUCUUCUUCUGUA